CGAUGACACAGGAGGAUUUACUACUCUGGCAAUUACACAUUUAUUCCUACUAUAGCUGCUUCUUUCCAGUUAAUUAAUAUACAAGAACGUCCGAGAUAGUAAAAAAGACAGCUUGCUUACGGAAAAUGUCAAAAAAGUCAAAAAAGAGGAGGCGCAAGAAGUCGUCUUCAUCCUCCAGUGAAGAAGAUGAGAAGGCACAUGAAGAACAAGAUGUAACCAGACAUUAUAAGCGUGACAAGAGGAAGAAACAUGAAUAUAGCCGGGAGAGCUCUGCAACAAAACACAAAGAUCGUGCUUCUCAUACUGUUAAAGAGGAUUCCCGAUGCAGCUCUGCAACAAAACACAAAGAUCGUGCUUCUCAUACUGUUAAAGAGGAUUCCCAAUGCAGCUCUGCAACAAAACACAAAGAUCGUGCUUCUCAUACUGUUAAAGAGGAUUCCCAAAGCACCCGUCAGAUCAAAAAGGCUGUCUACAGACUGCCAAAAACGCAAGCAACAGACCAGAAACCUGUUACUAAGGGAGGGGAAUGCUCAAAAUCAAAACAUAUCUCUGUGCCAUUUUAUGGAGAUAAUUAUUCUGGUAAAGCAAAGCGUGAUAUUUCAGGGAAAUGUACAAUUGCCAGUGGGAGUAAAACUGUGCGAAGGAGCACAUCCAUAUCCCUGAGCAUCGGCAGUACAGGUACAGUUCCUCAGAGGCAAGAAAGGACCUCUACAGGCAGCUCUAAUGAAAAGUCUUCCCACAGGAGUCCAUCAAGAUUAAAAAAGCUGCUAAUGAGUCCCAGUUUGGUUUCCUCUGAACAAAAGGAACAGAGGCAGAAUGCACUGAAAAAGAAGUGCAAAGAAGAGGAACCACCAAGAACUGGUAAACACAGCAACACUAUCAAAUCCAGGGAAUCAAACAAGACCUCCUCUGUCUGCGUGGACUCUCAAAGGAAGGAGAGAAAGGAGCUGGUCAAGAAAAUGGGCCAGGGGCAUGAAGAAAAGGAUUUAAAUGACAAAAAUAGCCUUUAUUUAGAAGCAAAAACUCCUUCUGCUACUACCAAAAAGCAGUCUUCCACCUCAGCCAAGUACACUACCUCAGAGAGGAGCUCAAACGUGUUAAAGAAUGUUACCUCAAUCCCAGAGAAGGCCACAUCAGGGUCCCAUGAGACAGCUAAAUCAUCAUGCACCCAGCAGCAAAUGUGUUCUUUCACAUCACGUCUGCCUCUGAAAUUUAAGAUACCAAAAAUAUUAAAGUCACUACCAGUUGAUAGCAGAGUUGAAAGUAGUGAUGCUGUUUCAACAAGCAGAAAUAUCAGACAUGGGACUGAGCUUUCAAACUCUGUGGCCUCAGUGAACAAAUCCAAGCAGGAAACUGUCAAACAGGUUCACAGUUUGGAUGUUACUCCUAUUUUUCCAAGUGAAGAGCAAGAUACGAGGCCAUCUUGGUCAGGCCAACUCCCAACUACGAGUAAUACAGACACUGCGCCAUGUUAUGACCAGAAGCAAUUGGUUGAAGAGCUUCACCUUGCUCGCUCUGAGAAGAGAUUGGAGCUUGAUGUAAUGCAGAGCUAUGGUGAACUCAGCUGUAUGGACAUAGACCCCCCUGAGGAGGGAGCUACAGAAACACUAUGCAAACAACCCCUUCAGCAAGCCCUAAUCCUCAUUUUGGACACCAACAUUCUCCUUAGUCAUCUGGAUUAUGUGAAAAAGAUGAGAUCUCACGGUCUUGGAGCCCUGGGCUUCCCUGUUGUCCUGAUCCCCUGGGUGGUGCUUCAGGAGCUGGAUUCACUAAAAAAGGGUCGAGGCCUGAAAGAUUCUGUGGCUCACCUGGCCUGUCCCGCCAUCUCAUACAUUUACAAUUCUCUGAAGAGCCGGGAUCCUUACCUCUGGGGACAGUCAAUGCAGCAGGCCACCCAGAGUAGCAAUGGUCUGAAUACUGAGAAUAAUGAUGACCGAGUGCUGCAGUGCUGCCUGCAAUACCAGAGUCUGUACCCAGAGUGUGCACUCAUCCUAUGCACUAAUGAUAAAAACCUGUGCAGUAAAGCUCUCUUGAGUGGGGUGAAGGCCCACAGCAAGAAUGACCUGGAGGCAGAGGUUGGGGGAUCGAGACUUGACCCUCCCUACUCUAAAAACAGUCCGAUUCCCACGCCGCCUCACAUCAGCUCCCAGGUCCCAUCACCAAUGCCGAGCAGGAGUUUCAUACCAGUGCAGGCACACAGUCAAGAGAGAACAAGCCUUUCUGUAGGAGCCACACAGAAAGAUAGAAAGCCACUCAGUGAAGGGGAUGAAGAGAGGAAGAAAAGGGACUUGAGCACAUGUGUUUCUGAGCUAGAAGAUUGCCUCCGGGAGGUGCUGUCCGAUGUGCUAGAGGUGGAGAUGAAGGCUGCGUACGAAGACCUCUGGCAAGAGAUACUUUAUGUAAAACCACCCUGGAAUCUGCAAGAUGUCCUGCAGUGUUUGAAAAAACACUGGAUAGCUGUCUUUGGGUUCAUUGUCCCACGGAAAAUGCUAGAAACUGUUUUAAAUCUCAUCAACUUCUUCAGCUCAGGUAAAUCAGUGGACUGUAGCUCUACGUUAGCCGCCCUCCAAGAAGCUAAGGAGCUUGUUGAAGCAUUUGAAAAACGUUCAAGCCAUGUUCCCAGUGCCCUCUCCAGAAUGGACAACAUUUUCCAUAAGCUACAACCUCAGGGAGGAUCUACAUGUGAUGUUGUCAUGAAUGAUGAAGAUGAAGAAAAACAAUCCACGUCCACUCAGUUCUCUCACCAGGAAGUGUGGGCCCUGUUUGAGAACAUCUGGUCUAAUGUCUGUCAAAUAAGUUUUGAAGUGUUCAAAGCUCUGGGCUUUGACCCUCACGCCAUGCAGACUGCUCAACCAGCAGGAGGUCCUCCACCACCACAGGAUGCCGUGGCCUGUUUGCAAAAACUGUCCUCCAUGGUGUCACAGCUGCUCCAAGCCUUCAGCAGUGUCUUGUCCUCAGCUCCUGGUUUGGAGGAAGUGCAGACACUGCUUGAUAUCAUCCAGUCUAAUAAGAUUGUUGAUUUGGAUUCCCGAUUUGCAGCCAAAGACCUACUUGAUUGUUUCUCACAACAAGACUACAGGGAGAAGCUGAGAGUUGGAGGGAUGCAGUUAAUGGAGCUAAAAGAGGCCCUGGACCGUUGUGUUGAGACUACACAUCAACAGAUCACAUACACAUAGCCUUGAUUGGACCAGUCUCCAGAGGUUUCCAACAAAACAAAAUGCUUGAAUAAAGUUGAUCCUUUACUUAAAGUAAGUUAAAGGGAUGUUUGCUUUGAGCAUGCCUCCUGCUACAGGCCCUGUUUACCCUUUUAUAUUUUUUAUGUAUAAAAAUAUGUUCAGUGGCAGA